AACAAAUCCAAUAUUUGCUGCCACUCUUUGCUUUGUCCAGAAACCCCAUCUCCGUUGCUCUCCUCGAUCGAGUUUAAUUAUCGGAUUGAUUCUUCAUUUUGGACAUUAUGAGUCAACGCUAUCAUCUGCAAGAGAAUAGGGAGACGAGCUCAACUAUGAGUGAACUUGAGCAUCAGCAAGAGAAUGGGAAUUCGGAUACUAAGAAGCAAGAUGGUCGCCAGGAUGGUGGAGUUGAUCGCAGGACAAUUCUUGACCCAAAGGGAAAGUUCAUGUUUAGGUGGCAUGUGAUAUUUCUAGUGUCGUGUGUAAUUGCAAUAUUAUGUGUGGACCCUUUGUUCUUUUACCUUCCUUUGAUCAAGCAAGAGGGCAACAUGAAGAAGUGUCUUGCGUUAGAUAAAAGAUUAAUGAUCACAGCUAUUUGUCUCCGAUCUGUCUUUGAUUUGAUUUAUAUUGGAAAUAUCAUUUUGGGAUACUGUAAUCGUAGAUAUGAACCAACUAGGUUAGCUCCUCGGCAAAUAACAAAGAGGUAUUUGAGGCAGAACUUCCUAAUUGACAUCUUUGCUAUUCUUCCAAUCCCACAGGUUUUAGUUCCAAUUACUUAUACAAAAAUGGCGACAAGCUUGAACUUUUUGGACAUAAGGAAGGUCAUAAACCUCUUUGUUCUGCUGCAAUAUGUGCCAAGAGUUCUUCGAAUCUACCUAUCAUGGAAAAAACAUAUCAAAAGUUCCAGUAAACUCUAUAAAAGAAGGAUUGAAGUGGCAUUCAAUAUCUUUUUAUAUAUCCUUGCCAGCCAUGUACUUGGUGGCCUUUGGUACUUUUUCUCUGUCCAACGAGAAACGGCUUGCUGGCACAAAGCUUGUAAAAAGGAUCACGGAUGUACCCCAAGUUCUUUUAAAUGUGGCAAUUCAUUAGAAAAUUACGCAUUUUUAGAUGGUGCUUGCCCUAUACACCCACCAAAUACUACGCUCUUUGAUUUUGGAAUAUUCCAAAACGCUCUUGAAUCUGGUAUUGUGUCGUCCACAAAUAUUCUACAAAAGAUUAUGUAUUGUUUAUGGUGGGGCCUUCGAAAUUUGAGUUCUCUUGGUCAAAACCUUCAAACAAGUACAUAUUUCUGGGAAAAUUGCUUCGCGGUUUUUAUUUCAAUAUAUGGUUUGCUGCUGUUUUUGUACUUCAUCGGUAAUGCCCAGACAUUGAUGCAAAUGGCAACUGAGAGGAGAGCUAAUAAGGCUAAAAGGUUGGAGGAGAUUGAAGGUGAAAUGGGACUUAUAAUACCAAAAGUAGAGUCCUGGAUGGCUAGAAACAGUCUCCCUCACAAUAUGAAAGAGUCGAUCAUCAGCUGCAUACGACAGAGACUGGAAGAAAACAAAGAAUUUGAUAUGGACAAACUCAUCUCUCAUCUUUCCAAAGAUCUUGUAACAAAGAUUAAGCACCAUCUUUGUUUACCCUUACUUAAAAAAGCGGUUCAAAAACUUGAAAAUCAAGGUGAUCGAAAUCUGCUGGCCGAACGGAUCUGCGAAUCUCUCAAGCCGAAGUACUACACUGAGGACUUGGAAAUUAUCCAGGAGGGAAAACCAGUUACUGCAAUGGUCUUCACCACGCAAGGCAGUGUAUGGUGCUUCAAAAAGAGUAAUGGUGAGAAUGGUGACAGCGCUGAUCUUGAGUCUAUUACUAACAAAUUUGAUCUCUACGGAGAAGAACUUCUAGAGUGGAGGUUCAACCACCCCCCCUCACACAAAAUACCGCUCCCAAUCUCCACCAAAACUGUCAAAACCCAAUUAAAAGUUGAACUCUUCACUCUGACAGCCAAUGACUUGAAAAAUCUACCUCCCAUGCAAGUUCCCAUGCAUACCCGAGCAGCAGAAGCUACAAAAGUGUUUGUAAAAGGAGUUUUCCGGCCGCAAGGUAAGGAAAAUAAGAAUGAAAAUUCUCCCAAAAUGUCUGAGCAGAAGGGUACUAGCAGACUUUUGGAAGAUGGUGCUCCCAAAAGUUGUUGA